CGCUGCUUUGGCCUGGAGGGCUCCCGCCUACGCAGGUCGUGACGCUGGGACCGAGCUCCGCAGACGGAGCUGGCGCUGCUGCUGUCUGAGCGUCUUCUGCGUCUUCGGUUUAAUUUUUUUUGGAAAUCAAGUUCAAUAUUAAAAAGAAAAAGCACACAUUAUUGGAAGCCAUUUCUACUAAUUCCGAUAUAUUUUAACUUAUGAUUUGAUUUGAAUACUGUCAUGGGAGGAGCUGUGAGUGCUGGGGAAGAUAAUGAUGACUUAAUUGAUAACCUUAAAGAAGCUCAGUACAUCCGCACUGAAAGAGUAGAGCAAGCCUUCAGAGCCAUUGACCGUGGAGAUUACUAUCUGGAAGGCUACAGAGACAAUGCUUACAAAGACUUAGCCUGGAAGCACGGGAACAUACACUUGUCAGCACCUUGCAUUUAUUCUGAAGUUAUGGAAGCUUUGAAACUUCAACCAGGAUUAUCUUUUCUUAACCUGGGAAGUGGAACCGGAUAUUUAAGUACAAUGGUGGGCUUAAUUUUAGGACCUUUUGGAAUAAAUCAUGGAAUUGAACUUCAUUCAGAUGUGGUGGAAUAUGCCAAGGAAAAACUGGAGAGCUUCAUCAAAAAUAGCGAUAGCUUUGAUAAAUUUGAAUUCUGUGAACCUGCAUUUGUGGUGGGUAAUUGCCUUCAGAUAGCUUCUGACAGUCAUCAGUAUGAUCGAAUUUACUGUGGAGCUGGAGUCCAGAAAGAUCAUGAAAACUACAUGAAGAUCUUGCUCAAAGUUGGGGGAAUACUGGUCAUGCCUAUAGAGGAUCAGUUGACACAGAUUAUGCGGACUGGACAAAACACUUGGGAAAGUAAAAAUAUCCUUGCUGUUUCCUUUGCACCACUUGUACAACCUAGUAAGAAUGAUAAUGGCACACCGGAUUCUGUGGGGCUCCCCCCAUGUGCUGUCAGGAAUCUCCAAGACUUGGCUCGUAUUUAUAUUCGACGUACACUUAGAAACUUCAUAAAUGAUGAGAUGCAGGCCAAGGGAAUUUCGCAAAGGGCUCCACCCAAGAGGAAAAGAAAGAGAGUUAAACAAAGAAUUAACACUUAUGUAUUUGUAGGUAAUCAGCUUAUUCCUCAGCCCCUAGACAGUGAAGAGGAUGAAAAAAUGGAAGAAGACAGCAAAGAAGAAGAAGAAGAGAAAGAUCAUAGUGAAACCAUGAAGCAUGAGGAGCCACCUCAGAACUUACUGAGGGAAAAGAUCAUGAAGCUGCCGCUCCCUGAGUCUUUAAAAGCUUACUUGACAUAUUUUAGAGACAAAUAACUUAAAACAAGGAAGAAUGCCUCCUGAUAAUUCCCUUACUCUUGUAAAUGUAGUGUUUAUUAGGAGUUAGAGAAUUAUUUCAUUAGAAUGAAUUAUUGCAGAAAAAAGCUUAAGUUAUUUCUCUUAAUGACAGAAAUGAUGUAUUCAGUGAUUUAAAAGAGUCUGUUUCCUAAUCUAUUUUUCUUAAAUCUUGAGGAAAUGCUGUUUUAGCUCAGUGAUCUCAAAGUGAAAUGCAUCAGUAGUCAGGACUUUGUGUACAGUAAUGCCCUUCUGGUUUUUCACAGAUUUUUAGUGUUGGGCAUUGGAUUUCACUCUAUAAGAGGUUGAUAGAUUGUCACACAUAUAUAGGCUUAUUUAAAUUGCAGUUUGCAUUUCUUUUGUAAGUUCUCUUAUCUAAUAAGGAAAGCAAGUGCUUGUAGAUCUGCUUACCUUACUUUUGUUGUAGACAUAUUCCGGGCAACAUCUCAGUGCAGUAAUAAUUCAAGAUAUUCAAUAAUUUAGCUUUAAAAACUUCAGACUUCAUGAAAUUUUACAGGCCUGAAACAUUUGCUUUUUGAAUCUAUUGCCAAAAGAUACAGGGAAAAUUCCUGCUUCUCUCAUAGAGAUUUUAAGAGCACAGCAAGUGAAUAUUAAAGUAGGAAAUGACUACUUAACACAGCUAGUUUGUGUGGGCCCCUUGUGUUCUCAGUAUUUACAGAUAUUCUAGAAUUCUAAAAGGUAGUAUAUUUAGGAUUGCUUUUUUGUAAUUAUAAAGUAUUAGAUUUGAAAAGAUUUCCAUUGUCUCAUUUGCCUCUGAAUGUAGACAGUAAGUCACAUUAAGUGACUCACUUAUUAGGUACCUUCAGUAACAGGGGGAAUGAUAUAGUCUACUGAAGCACUUUAUGGGACUUUUAGUUAUGUGGAUAUUUGUCUUUAACAAGGUAGGCCAUGCUCACCUUUUCUGUUUUGAAUCUUUCUAGUAUAAAUAGUCAUGGAAGUUGUAUGUAGAUGCCUUUGUAUUUAAAAUUUGGUUCAGAAUCAUAGUGAGAUCUCUGACCCACACCAAGCUCAUUUCCUCCCUUCUAUGUUUUGUUUCUUUGGUAAAAUGAUAAUGGUUUUCAUUUUUUGCUUACUGUUACAUUCUUAACAUAUGUAGGGUGUCAGUGCUAAAACAGGCAGUGCAUGUUGUUACUAGUUCUUUCCUCAUAAGGUUUGCACCCAGUCCUCCUUGUUAAGAAGACAUGAGAUGUGACCUACUUACUACUUAAUAUCAUACAGAUUAUGUGUUUUUAAAGGGAAGAUUUCAAGUGUCUCACUUAUUCUCACCAUAUCACUGUCAGAGCAGCCACUCAGAUUUGCCAAAGGAAACACAAUCAUGAUGUUUCAAAUAGUUAAAUAACUCAGCUCCAGUAAUUCUGCAUACACGAAUCAGUUAAAAUAUUUCAAACUUGAAAUUGACCCAAAUAAUUGAUACUGUUUUAGUAAUGUGAGAGACAGUGUUAUGGAAGAAAUUCAUUUGGCUCUUGGCGGAAUGGGUAUGUCCAAUUAUUACUAAGGAAUAUCCUCUCUUAUUUCUAUCCAAAAAAGGAAAAAGACACCCACCCCCCACC